AUGAUUGCCUCAAUGAGCUUUUGCGAGGAUGGUCUACUCUCUGUUAUUGUUGAUUUCUGCUUCUUACCAGGUGCAACUAGGACAUCUUCAGGGGCAGGAGGUUGCGAUCGUGCAGCUCAAAUGAGUGGUGGAGUGGUCGCGGCGAGUCCUGGGAAUGAUGUUCCAGGUCCAUCUAACUCGCGUAGUGACUUUCUUGGUAUGUCCCCACGUGAGAAUGUCAUACCUCCACCACCUGAACAUCGAAUGAGCAAAAUUGAGUGCGUCCAUUCCACACUUCAAGGUCUGCAUGAGGAAUGGGAGACAAGGAAGAAAGCUGUGUUUGAUGUCGAUUACACCAAUCCAUCUCUUCUUUGCACUUCGUCAUCAGAUCCUAUUAGUUGCCUUGAAUUAGGUGGCGCAGGUGAACGACGCCAUCUUACGGUUGUUUUGCCUUGGAUGCAAGCUAAUGUAUGUUGCGGAUUUGAAUAUAGCUUAGCUUCCUUGAAGGCGAAGUUGUUUGAGAAUCUGAAGAGAAUGGCAGUGUCGAAUUUUUCUAUGAAACCUACGGAUUAUGUGUUCCGUGUUUUACGCAAAUCUACCGGUGAAAUGGAAGAGCUUUAUAAUGAAGAGAUGCUUUUGUCAAAAAUUGAUUUCACCAAACCUUAUCCGAUGUUGUCGCUUUUUGAACCGGAAAGUUUUCGACAUGAGCGUGACUUGGCUCAAGUUAUUGGACAAGCUUUGGGGUACUCGCUUGAUGAACUAGAAGCCGGUUUCACCGAUGAGCUGAAAGCAUGUAGGGCUGCACUUUUCAAGGACACAUGCGAUGCCGUCAAUAAUAGAGGAAGUGAAGGCUAUGAUCACUACGCUUUCCCAGAGGCAAUUGCCAUCGACGUUGUUCAACCAUGCCCUCAUUCCCUCAUUGCCAAAAUUAAAUCUGCAAACCUAACCUAUCAGGUGUUCUUCCGAACAUUGGAGGACGAAAAGGCUGGUGUAGAUCAUGGAGCUGCUAAAGCUAUAGUUGACUUUGCACCAGAUCUGACACCAACUUCGUUGGUUUCGAAAGUAGUGCGAGAUUUCAAACGAUCUGGGCAUGUCAAAAAUGAAGAAAAUGACGCUGAUUAUUUGCUCCAACCAGUGGGACAAAAAAGUUUUCUUACUAAAUGUGACCAGCUGCUGAUUACAUAUAGCGAUGUACGAUCUGCCUUUGAGAAUUAUCGUAAUCCUCGAUUUGUCCUUCGACGUAGAGAGAUUGUUUUGCUUGAUUAUCCGAAACCACGACCGAUACACAAGCCAAACUAUGUUCGAGCUGAAGAAAGUCGUAAAGCCAGCGAAGAAGUCAAAAACAGCAGUACGGCGGCCAGUGCUUCUAAUGAUUCUGGCGAAGCACCAAUCACUUUAUGGGAUGUUGACGAGUAUUUAUCAAUGCGACCCCUGAAUUGCAGCAAUAUGGAUACGUCAGACAUGGACUCUAAUAUCAGUGUGGAAUUCAGUGUUUAUUGUGGUAAAACUUCACUGGUACACAAAGCUUCUAGCAAAGUCCCAAGCCAUAACCCACGUUGGGCUGAGGAAAUGAUUCCAUUCGAUUUGUACAUGAAAGAUUUGCCCUUGGCUGCUAUUUUAACUGUCCAUUUAGUUGAGACGAAAGUGAGGAAAGGAAAGUCGGAAGAUCGGGUUUUGGGUUGGGCGAAUAUAAGAUUACUUGACUGGCGUGGGGAAUUGCUACAGGGCGUGCUUACUUUGAACUUAUGGGGUGGAGAACCUCAAUACCCUCCUCAUGGACGCAUAGGGAGUAACGAUCAUAAACAAGGUUCAAAGUGUCGUCUAAUGAUCGAACUAGCACGGUAUCGUUCUCGAGUGAAAAUACCGGACAGCAGUCAGUUUGCUCCAUUCGUAAAAUUUAUUUACUCUAUUGAGAAGCCAGCGAAAGUCCGCUCUGAUGAGUUCACCAUCAGAAGAAUACUAGAUACGAUAAGAAAGCGCUUACUCGGUGGGACAGUAUCCGUGGAAGAGGAGUUGUUUGUGUGGAGUCAGAGGCAUUACGUGUGUCAGAACAUACCCGAUGCUCUGCUUGUAAUAGCUGAAGCAGGAGAGACGUGGAAGAAACGCGAACACUUCACCGAACUUUAUGUGAUGCUGGAAAAUUGGGGUAGACUUACUGUUGGUACAGCUCUGUCCAUUUUAGGAAAAAAGUGUAUGGAUCCCAUCAUUCGACGGUUCGCUGUGGAUCAGCUAGAUGCGCUGCUUGACACUCAGACUUUCCCAUUAUUUAUUCUGCCAUUCAUACAAGCACUCAAAUGCGAGGCUUGGUCAUAUUCUCCACUCUCGUGUCUAUUGCUUAAAAAAGCCCUCAGCGACUAUCGUACUGGUCACAAACUGUUUUGGCUUCUCAGAGCCGAGCUUGCCAAUCUCAAAGAUAAUGACGGACAUGUGACGGAGUUGUACAAACGAUUUGCUCUGAUAAUUGAAGCAUACUUGCGUGGAAAUGACGAGCAUAUUCGAACGGUGGUAAAACAGGUGGAAAUGGUAGACCUUCUGUACGAAUUGAGUAUACUUGUGAAGGGAUACAAAGGCGAUAAGGAUGCCGCGACGGAGCGCCUGCGAGAAGAAUUAAGAAAUCAUUGCCCUAGUCUGGAAAAGAUUGAUUCCCCAUUAGAUCCAAGCAAUGCAUUGGGUCAGUUGAGAAUUGACAAAUGUCGUGUGUUAGGCAGUGCUAAAAUGCCUCUUCUUUUGUCUUGGCAGAACCGAAGUCCUCUCUCCGAGUAUCACUUGCCUAGUUAUGAAAUUAUAUUCAAGAAUGGAGACGAUCUCCGUCAAGACAUGUUGGUUCUGCAAGUUCUAGAAGUCAUGGAUACUAUAUGGAAGAAAAAUCAACUGGACUGUAGUUUAAGUCCAUAUCCGGUGCUUCCCAUGGGAACGAAGUAUGGUAUGAUUGGCGUGGUUCCAAAUUGCUCUACAAUCUUCGAAAUCCAAUCCGAAGGCGGUAAAGUAGGCACAGCUGUGAAAUCACUGGAAACGACAUUCAUCAAUCGCUACAUCAAGAGUCAUGCGGGAUCUACGAAAAAGUAUAUGGAGUGCGUAGAUCGUUUUCUGAUGUCAUGCGUUGGUUACUCGGUUGCUACCUUCAUAAUGGGUAUAAUGGAUCGUCACAACGAUAACAUCAUGAUGACUCAUGAUGGGAAACUUUUCCACAUAGAUUUCGGUCACAUUUUGGGACACGGAAAAACCAAGCUGGGCAUAAAACGAGAUCGAGUGCCAUUCGUCCUUACGGAACAUUUUCUUUGUGUUAUUGGUCAGGGCCGUCCUGUUUCUAAGGAUAGUCAUGAAGUAACAAAAUUCAAAAGGUUAUGUUGUGACGCUUAUAUGAUGUUAUGGGAAGAGCGCGACUUAUUUCUUUCAUUAUUUACUGUGAUGCAGUCUAUGGAGCUGCCCGAACUUUCGACAGAAGCUGAUCUGGACCACUUGAAGAGCACCCUACGUGUGGCUUUUCACAAUGGAAUGACUUCGGAGGCCCGCAGUUUUUUCUCGGAGAUUUUCGAUGAAGCUUUCAAUGGUUCCUGGGCAACCAAAACGAACUGGGCACGUGCAAGCCAGAUAUCGCCACAAACGAGCUAUUUAGCGGUGGCGGUGGCCACAUUGUUGCUGUCUACUUUGCCGACAUUGUCUACUGUCGACUUUGUCUACUUUGCCGACAUUCUUUGCCAUAUCACCCACGAAUCCAGUGGAUUUGACGCAAUGUUUCCCUUGUUCUUUGGAAGCGAAGCCAGAAAUUAGGAAAUUUUGCGGUAUGUAGAUAGUAAUAGAUGUUAUAGUGAUGGCAGGGGCUAUUCGUUUUGCAGAUGAAUCAUACGAACAUGAUAUUGGUUUUUAUGUGGAUUCAUGUUCGUGUUCGUUAUACAGCUUAUA